AUGGCGAAGUCAGCCAUGUCGACGACGCCCUCGGUUCUGGCAGCCAUGUCCUACGGGGCCAUUGUUGAUGUGAAGGACAAGAACAGCCUUUAUGUCAGCAAUCUGAGUGUCAAUGUCACUGAGAACUCGCUGCGGGAGGUCUUCCGCGCCUGCGGCCAGCUGAAUGAGGUGAUUUUCCGCACCUAUCCGGGGUCUCUGAAGUGGUACGCGCAGUUGAACUUCCAAAGUGCAGAUGGCGUGGUGCAAGCCAGCAAGAUGGAAGGCACGCCGAUCUGUGGCACCGCCCUCCGCUGCAGUGCCAUCGACCCCACCAGCAUGGCGGCCCAUGAGGUUUUAGCCCGUGAGCAGGCCAAAGAGGAAGCGGCGACCAAGGCACAGGAGGAGACUGAUGCUGCCAGGCAAGAGUGGCACAAGAAACUGAGGGAGCAUGCUGAGGCUCGGAAGCUGCGUACGGUGCACAUCGACGGCUUGCCGAGCAACACCACGCUGCAGGACCUCCAACGCUUGGGGGAGCAGUUCGGGACAGUGGAGCAGCUGCGCCUCGACCGGGAUGCCAAAGGUGCAGCCUUCGGCCUGGUGCAAUUCAAGGAGCUGGGCAUCGCUCGCGGCUGCUGCCUUCGGCGGACCUUCUUGGUGGACGACCAUGUGGUGGUCUUCUCUGAGUCCAAGUCGGAGGUGAACUCCAUGGACAUCGAAGAGGCCACGGUGGAGUUCCGGCACCCCUGCAUCGACCGGGCGCUGGCCAGCAGCGCCGGUGGAGAGCAGAGCGCACAGGGGAAAUUCUGGGAAGAGCUUGCAGAGAAGCGACGCCAGCUCUACAACACCAAGCUGGAGAUGGUCCGACAGAACGCAGAGGAAAUCCUGGGACCAGGCAUAGCAGCUUCACCACCUCCAUCGCCGCCCGAGGAGGACGACUUCUACGCGUGGGCGAAGCAGGCGGCCGCCUUUGCCGAGGACGUGCUGGGCGCGGUGCACGGCGAAGACGAGAAGCCCGAGGAGCGAGAAGAGGAACCAGAGGAGAAAGGUCCUGUGGACUUGGAGGAGCAUCCUGACAUCGUUCCAGGCACCGAGCUGGCCGUUCUCAACGACUCCUCGGAGGAGGAGAUCUCGGAGGACGACGAGGGCGACGCCGUGGACGUCAUCGGCGGCGCCUUCGCCGACGGCCCCCGAGCCCGGCGGCAGCGGCGGGCCGCGCUGCGAGCACAGCGAGCGCCACGCAGGCCCAAACCGCCGGCGGCCCCGCCGCCGACUCCUGCGCAGUGGGCCGCCCAGCGGCAAUCGGCGCUGGAGCGGCUGCAGGCCUCGCCCGCGCAGUGGGCCGCAGCACGGCAGCGGGCUUUGGAUCGCCUCAAAGCCAAGCGUUCGUCCACGGCUGUGCUGGUGCGACCUGGACCAGGACGAGGAAGACAAAACGCCGUGGAGCUGCUCGAGGAGAUCCAGGUAGACCUGGACGGUGAGCUUGCUCCUGAGGACUUGACGGAGCCCAAACGGGCCAGACGCGCAAAAGGGGAGGACCAGAUGGGAGUUCAACGGACUGGUGCACUUUACGCUUUGUGGUCGCAUCAAAAGCUGGCGGCGGCUGCAGGCGUGGCAAGUGAGAUCAUCAAGGUGAUCUCAGAGGGGAAGAACGCGAGAGAGGAGUGCAAGUCCCUGCUAAGCACAGAGGAAGCCGCAGCUUUGGCCCUUUGCGAUGAGCUCUUGCAGCCGGGCAUGGUGGUCAGUGAGGCCACCUAUUCGGCGGCGCUUGCAGUACUUGGUGAGCGACGCGGCUUCGAGGUGUCGGUGACUGCGGGCUUCUACCUCCUCUUAAGUGCGGUGCUGAAAACCUUUGAUGUGAGACCCCCGGAGGAUCUACCGCAGAUGAAGGCUUGGUGGAGCCUGUGCUUGGCACUGGGCUUGCUGGGCCGCUUGGUGGAAAGCGAGUCCUGCACCCCAGAGCUGCUCCGCUCAGAUCAACAUGGACAUUAUUAUCGCUUGAUCAAGGCUGUGAUGAUUUGCCUCGACAAUUCGGAUUACACCAGGAAUGGCGACUACAUGCCAACGCGCUUUGAUUCCCAAUCCGAUGCGGCCAACCUGCUUUGUGGAGCCAAGACCAAUCAGAACCCCGAGAAUGCCGUAGGCAUCUUGGCUGCGGCAGGCGAUCGGAUUGAAGUGAUGGUGACUCCAACGUCCGACUUGGGUAGGCUGGUCACUGAGCUGAACAAGGUGCAGAUCGGUGGCAAUGCAGACUUGCUGAGAGCCAUUCAGACAGCUCAGUUGGCGUUGAAGCACCGUCAGAAUAAGAAGCAGAAGCAGCGGAUCAUUGCUUUUGUGGGCAGUCCCGUGAGUGCCAGUGACAAGGAAUUGGAAGCCUUGGGCAAGAACCUGAAGAAGAACAGUGUGGCACUGGACUUGGUGAGCUUCGGCGAAGUUGAAGAGAAUGCCCCGAAGUUAGAGAAGCUAAUGAAUGCACUCAACAGCAACGACACAUCCCAUUUGUUGGAGGCCCCUGUAGGGCCCAAGUUGUUGAGCGAUGUCCUCCUAGCUUCCCCCAUCAUCAACCCAGAGGGAGAGGCCGGUGGCAGCGGCGAUGGUGGUGCGGGCUUCGAGUUUGGCAUCAAUCCCAACGAAGAUCCUGAGCUCGCCUUGGCCUUGCGCAUCUCCAUGGAGGAGGAGCGUGCCCGGCAGCAGGACAUGGAUGAUGAGUUGCGACAGGCCUUGCUCUUGUCCAUGCAAGAGAUGGAUCCUGUGCCUGCCACGUCCACACCUGCCGCGUCCGCGCCGGAAGAGGCACCCAAGAGGAAGGCGGAGGAAAUGGAGACAGAGAAGCCGAGUGUGGAGCCUCAAGAGAAGAAGCCGACGACAGAGGGGGAUGCAGUUCUAGAUUCCAGAUGGCUACAAGAUCCCUCUUUCGUCCAAGAGUUGCUUGGUUCCUUGCCUGGUGUGGAUAUCAAUGAUGAGCGCAUCCAAGAAGCAUUGAAGGAGGGCGAAGAAGAGACGACCUGCGAGAAGCUCACGGGUGGGAAAUGCCCCAUUGCAGUUCCUGCGCUGGGCUAUUCAUGCUUGGUGAGCUGUGUAGAGUCGGUGGCCUCCUGCGCCAAGCUGAACCCGCGGAAGCCGGGGGUCAACACCUUUGAGGAUCCCCAUUUGUGCGCCUUGGCAGUUUGCUUUGAUCCUUGGCGAAACGUGGGAUGCAUUCGGGCCUGGCAAGUGAAUCAGGAAUGCGUGGUCUGGGGGCAAAGUACCAUUGUUCUCGUCACCUAUGUGUUGAUGUUCGACGCUUGUCGAAAGAAAGACGUGCUGAACCGAAUCAUUGUGGCACUGAUCACGUUGAUCUUGCUGGGCACCUGCUUUGUGGCCGCGCGAGAGAGCAUGACCCGUUCCGUUUUGACCAUCGUUCCAUUCGGUUUGGUGGUCUAUCUUCGGGCUGCGAAGAAGAUGAAGCACGGAACCACGGUGAACCUGGAGGCAGCUGGGCAAGCUCGUCAGCUAGGAGAAGUCGGCGGUGCCUCGGAUGUGGCUGUGGACAAGAAGCACAACGAGAAGGCCAUCUCGCAGCUUGGUGGUGUGGAGUUGGAGGUGAAACAUGUAGGAUGCGAAAGUGUCGUCAGGCUCUGCUUGGUCAAGGACGACUGUCGCACAUCAUAG